AGAUUGAUUUUUUUAAACAUGUGGCUAUGGUUCUUGUUGGGUUUCGCCGCGGUGUGGUCGGCGGACGCCGCAGGCGCGGGCGCCGCGCGGCUCGCCUGCUACGUAGAAAGCGCGCGAAAUUCUGACUUUACGGAGUGCACACACCUCGUUUACGCGGGAACGGCCAGAGGAGACAAACUCGACGCUCUUCUGAAGGACUACAGAAAACAUAAUCCCAAAUUGAAAAUUAUUGUGCGCGUCACGAACGAGGAUAAGGACUUCAAGGAAAUCUUGAAAUCGAAGUACAUCCAAGGUCUCGAGAUCCACGAUGCCCACCGGACUUUCAAUAGGACGAAAGUCUCCGAGUUGGUCGGGGAAGCGAGGUCCGCUGUAUCAUCAGCUAACAAGGGUCCGCUUCUACUGGCUUUGCCUGCUCAUCCAGAGCUAUUGGCUAAAUACUACGACCUGAGGACGCUGAUCAAGAAGGCAGAUCUGAUGAUGGUGCAGACCCAUGCUUUGGGAAUGGUGAAGAAGAUGACGUAUCACCCCAGUAGGCUGAGCGGCUUGUGGGAUAUGAUGAACACGGAUUCCGUAGUAGACCUAGUCAUAGGUCUCGGAGUGCCACCCUCCAAGAUCGUAAUAUCUUUACCAGCGACCGCCCGCCAGUUCACCCUACAAAACGAAACCCUCAGUACUCCGGGAAGUCCGACCCUGGAGGAACAGCCUAAGGAGAUAGACCAGGGGGAACUGUGCAGGCAACUGCAGAAGGGAAGGUGGACCCUAGAGAGGGACCAGGAUCUGUCCGCGCCUUAUGCCUUUAAAAAUUCCACCUGGAUAUCCUUCGAGGACUCAUCCUCCGUGGACGUGAAGGGCAAGUACGCUCGAGUGCGAGGGUUGGCGGGACUUGCGCUGUUUGCCGCUGAUAAGGACUUGGACUCGCCUUGUGGGAACACGCUGAGAUAUGCGCUCAAUAAAGUGCUGAAUCAGCAGAGCAGGGCUCCGAGGGCUGCUGUCUUGAGGUCCCUCGAGAACGAGAUCCUCCAGCCAAUAGCUGGUCGAGCGUUAGAUGCUCUGCAAGUGUCUCCCUACAGGAUAACGCAAGUUGUGGACGCAGAUGGUGUAAUACAUAAUAUCAGAGAGGACACCCGCACGGAGUUCUCGUGCUCCCGCCAGGGCUACUUCGUGCACCCGCGCUCGUGUGCGCGCUUCUACCGCUGCGUCAAGUUCGACCAGUACUCGCCCGACUAUACUGUGUUCGAGUUCGACUGUCCCGCGGGUCUGGAGUUCGACCCCCGGGUGGAGGUCUGUGUGUGGCCCGGGUCCAGAGCCGGGGCUGGAGCUUGUGCUGGGUCUGCGGAGAUCGCACCUGUACCCUCGAGUCGCUUCGUUUGCCCCAAUGUUGAAGGUUUCUACGCGGACCCCGAGAACUGCCGCUGGUUCUUCGCGUGUUUGGACCACGGCACUUCCCCGCUCGUGGCCUACGAGUUCCGCUGUCCCUUCGGUCUCGGGUUCGAUGCUCAGCGACGCAAAUGUGACUGGCCCUGGCUCGUGCCCGCUUGUAGGAACUUGGGCAGAUAUGAGGCGGAGGCCUUUGGGUUCUCUAAUGCUGUGUUGAGUGGUGCAACAGGUUUCCAAGGAAGAACAGCAGAUUCAGUGAACAUCGCGGCUCACCAGAGUCUCCUAUCUGGAGCUUCUCUUGACAACCUCGUGGGCUUACAGACCGGAUCCCUUUCACAAAACGACGCACUUGACAACAACUUCAUUGCAUCACAGGAAUUAGAAAACGCCAACUUUGACGACUAUUCAGCUCUUGGAAGUCAAGGAGAAUACAGUGGACUUUCAUACAAGGUCGUCGCAGCUGAUGCUAUCAACAGAGGACUAGUUCAAGCCACAAACUACCAGGACGAAGACAAAUACACGAGUGGUUCUCUCAUUCUUGAUGAAUACAGACUGCCCAGUAAAGUUAAGGCUACCGGCAAAUACGUUCCAGUUGGAAACUCUGGAAAAUAUGACCCCGGAAAGUAUCAAGUGAAAGCCAAGUACCAGGGAACAGCUAACAGCGGACAGAGAUUCCAAAGUGGGGUCUAUCGCAAAGACUUUUCAGGCGCUUACGUCCACAAUCCCAUCGGAGAUAGAGCUAAACCCUACGAGCAUACUGAGGUUCCUCCCGUUCCAUACAAACAUACAGUCGCACAAUACACAGUUAACAAUAACUUCGAUAGAGGAACUUAUUCGGGAACUUACGAUACUGGGUCUUAUAGCCAGGACGUGACAAAGACAACUGGUUAUGACUAUCCCAGACCAAGUGUGCAAUUUAGUGAAGGUCUUUACCAAAAUAACGCAUAUACCAAUGAUGCGGGAACUACUAGUGCUCAAUCCACAAGUACUUUCCACGGUUCUUAUGGAGGUGGUGAAGCUAAUUACGUUAGUGAUGACAAAGUUUAUCCAGGAGCCGCUCAUACUCUCACUGCAGGAGCAGUUAAUGUCGAUCUAGUUGGAAAGACUACCCUUGUCGAUGAAUCUAAUUACGGAUACCAAUACAGCCAGGGUUCGAAUCAACAAGCUGGUAUAUCUCAAUCUGGUGUGACUGUUACCCACGUGGGUACUAACAAUCAAAAUCUUGACGGUUUCUCAUAUCUAACCACUCCUACAUCUUCCGGUGUACCAACAACGGCUACUUCUUAUGCGGUCACAACCUCUUUACCCCCUACUUACAAAACUACGUAUGUCCCUGAAGCUCCAAGAACUAGCAUCAAACAGAUAUUCGGAUACACACAACCCGCCGUUACUUACGUUCAGCCAACAGUUGUUUCUGUUACACCUAGUGUUACCGUUAAUGGUUACAAAGAAAGCAGCUAUCAAAAUACAGGUUAUUCCACAUUUAACACUGGUACAACAAAAUCGGCAUCAACUGGAUACGAUUAUUCGAGACCCAGCGUCAGUUUUGAAGACGGCAUUUCCUAUUCUACACCCGCGACAGUUACAGUCACAAAACAGAGGCCACAAAGCUUUUCACACAACCAACAAACAUUCCACGAUCAAUCUAGCUUUGAUUACUCUUCCGCUACUCCAGUUACUGAAGAGCCAUUUAAGAAAAUAGUAGCGUACACAACGGGAGAACCAGUUUCUUAUGAACAGCCGACAGCUCAAUCGUUUAGUCAACAAACAAUUCAUAAAGUCGAAUCUGGUAAUGUUUACACGCAAUCUGCAGAUAACGGUGAAAGGUAUACCAAUACAGCCGUUUAUGAAACUUCUACACCUCAAUCAAGUGCAUCUGUAGAAACCCAAUCCCAAUUUGGACAGAAAACCAUACACACAGUAGAUGCGAAUAACGUAAAUAAUUUACAAAGUCAGUCAGGCUACGAGUACACACGCCCAAGUGUUAGCGUGUCUCAAUCAAGCGGAUACGAAUACAGACAACCGAGCGUUCAGUACGAAACACAGAGAGUAGUUCAGUACUCAACUCCAUCUACAUACACUUAUUCGACUACCGCCGCUCCAUCUGUCUCAACGGCGAAAACUGUUUACGAAAAUCCAUUAUUGAAAUACACAGUUAAAGCCACGCCGAUUACAUUCCAACAAACAUAUGUCCCACAAGUUUUCAGACAACACAAUCUUAAUAGAGGAACUGGAUAUCGCUACCAAUCCACCGCUCAGCCUAUUGUAUCAGUGCAACCCACUGCAUCGACUUAUCAAGUAUACAAUACACAGAAUUCGCAAGGAAAUUACGAAUCUGGUUAUGAAUACUCUCAGCCCUCAGUUACCGGUACAGUUUCAACUGUCGCGCCCGUUGUCGUCUCAACUGAAAGGCCGCAAGCCUACAGCCAACAAACCAUUCACAGAACUAACUUUGGUUCGGGAUACGAGUACAAAUCUCCAGCGCAACAAGUAGUCGCCGUUCAACCUGAUGACGCAUACCAAGCACAGGAAUAUAAUCAACAGAGUGAAUCUGGAUAUGAAUAUUCACAACCGGCUGUUGUUUUCACAGAAACUGUAUCAACAGCGGCACCGAUCGUCGUAUCUACCGAAAGACCUCAAGCCUACAGCCAACAAACUAUCAAUAGAGGUUCUUCCCGAAACAACUACCAGUAUCAAUCGACAGCUCAAACAACCGCUUCGACUUAUCAAACACAGGCAUACGAACAGAACGGCCAAGCAAACUAUGAAUCAGGAUAUGAGUACUCACAACCUUCGAUAACUUUCAAAGAGACGAGACCAGUGUCAACAGUUGCUCCUGUCGUUUUGUCCACUGAACGACCACAGUCGUUCGGUCAACAGACUGUACACAGAGUAGAACAACCCCGAGUUGAAUUGAGUUACCAAAAACCUGCAGUAACUGUAUUCGAAAAUCCCCUUUUAAAAUACACGCAAAAUAUUAAAGAAGAAGUAAAACAACCGAUUGAAUAUCAAACAGGACAACAAUCAUUCACACAAAAUGUGCGAUACAAUCAAGGAUAUUCAUAUGACCAGCCGGAGAUACAGCGGAAUGUGGAAGUAUCCAAUGCUCCCGCUUACUCUGACGCAAGUCUCGUAUCUCAUCAAGUAUUCCACCUUUCACAAGGAUCUGCUAAUUCCGAAAACAAUGGUAAUAGAGCAGUUUUCGUUUCGACGACUCCAGCCAACCUCGUGUAUGAAGCUCAUUACUCAGAAUACGAAGUACCUAAACAAAUCUCCACGUUUAAAUCAGAUUAUAACGACCAAAGAGGUCAAGAAUACUACAGAGUUUCGUCUACCGCUGCUCCUCUGCAUGAACAAAGACAAACAGUGAGCCAAGCCUCCGUUGACAUACCCAAUAGAGUAGAAUCAGUACAUUUCUCAUCCGUACCAAAUACACAGUUCAAACAAACUAGAUAUGAAUCACCUGAAAUACAAGUCGCAUACAAAGCUGAGGAGUAUCUGCCACCUGUAGUUUCAACAUCUGCUCCAGUGGUUACUUCGACGUACAGACCGCGUACAUACUCCACCACCGUUAGGGAAUACUUGCCGCCGUCUACUGAAGGAUACACUGCGCCUGAAUACUUACCACCACGCACUGAAAAGGUCGCUACAUUAGAAUACUUACCUCCUACGCAACAAUCUCGCGUAACUUACAAUAAUUACAACUAUAACACCGGAUCACAAUCAGAAGGUUUCGAUUACCAGCAGAGCUAUUCGGUUUCAUCAGAAGUACCGGUUUCGACAACAGCCGCACCCGUAACAAGAAAACAAAAUAUUGUCGUAGAGACUGCAAAGUCUCAAUUAUUAGGUUUCGGCGCAGUCGGACCGGAUGCCGGGCUUGUUACUACCUUCAGCACCGCGCGACCGACCGUCUCCACCGAGGGAACUUAUUUCGUGCGCAAUGAAGUAUCGUCAACUGCUACUCCUAAGGUCGUCGAAGUGACUCCAGCACCUAGAAGAUCACGGCCGAAAUACUUUAGACCGGUGACAACGACAACCGAAGCGCCAGUAUAUGUAGAGAGCACUUCAUAUCAAGCACCGGAAUACUUGCCUCCAGACGAAGGUCAAAAACAAAAUAUUUUCAACUACAAUUCUGAGUCCUCACAAAUUAAAUACAACCCAUACCAAAGCACAGAAAACACCGUAACCGUAUCGUCGACGCCCUCAUACGGUAGAAAGCAAAACAUCGUAGUAGAAACCGCAAAGUCUAAUCUAUUAGGUUUCGGUACGGUCGGACCUGACGCUGGAUUGAUUUCGCCCGCUACAUACUCUACAUCUGCACCUAUUGAUGUAUCGAGCACGGCCGGCGUCACAUCCACAUACGUACCAAUUAGACAAGAACUCAUCGAAGUUACAUCAGCCCGCGCCCCUCAGCGCAGAACGAAACCGAAAGUAGCGGUCGUGACCAAGAUUAACGAUUUCAACCCGCUUCUUGUCAGAAAGUUGGGAGCCGUGUGCAGUUGCCAGUCACCCGUUUUAGUUCUUAGAGGCAGAAGGCCCAACGUGCAAUCGCAGAUCAUCGACGAUUAUAGUGACGACGACGCGAACGUAGAUAUCGACGAAGGAUAUACACAGAGAACAUCCUACAGAUCUACUACGCCAGGAAUCAACACGGUCACGACGGCCACGCCAGUCGCGUCGUCCACGUUCAACCCGAUCAUAGUGCCCGAGGACUCGUACUACCAAGACUACCCGGAGGCGAGCAACGACAACAUCGUGAUCUCCCAAACGAGCAGAGGCCGCUCAGAAAACUACGUAUCGAGCACACCAGUCGCGUCGACGACGGAGCGCGUCACUAGAAUUAGACCGCGAGUUAAAUCCGUCACAAUCGCUCCCACCUACAAAACCGUCAUUCUGAACCAAGAAGUGGCGCCAGCAGCGGAAAGCCUAGAGACCGUAAACGUGGAGACGCAAACGUUCGACCGCUACGGGCCGGGCGGCUUGAGAAGCAGAGACGAAACACUGCAAGGGUCGAUAGACUGCAAGAAGGCGGGUCUGUUCCGGCACCCGCGGCAGUGCAACAAGUUCUACGCGUGUCGCUGGGACUGCACGAAGCAGCGCUUCACCCUGCACGUGUUCAACUGCCCCGUGCAGCUCAGCUUCGACCCGUCGCUGGGCGCCUGCAACUGGCCCAGCCAGGGGCCCGCCUGCCAGCACGACACGCUGCUCACCAACACGCUCUAAUGUCCCACGAACAUUGCUCUCCACGUGCCAUCGACAUCGUCACAACGUGUCCGCGAAACGAAAAACGAUCUAAUUGUAAAGAAAUAUUGUUUAAGUCGAAUCGAGUCUCUCUCCCCUGUUUACCUUUAGGCUUAUUUAUUUGUUUUAUUGUGUUAAUGUUAAUUCAUGUUUAUUUAUUACUCAUGGUCUUUUUAAGCUUUUUUAAAUCACGUUUCGGUAUUGUCAAUUCUAGUUACCUUUGUCUAGUUCAUUUAGAUGUAUAUUUUAUAUUAAGGAAGUCAUAUCUUGUAUGUUUAUAAAAGCGCUGUAAUGUAAAUAAAUCAUUUUAUUCAUAAAAA